AUGCAGACACUCUACCAGAUGCACAAUGUGGAACAGUACAGCAGCGUUUACGCCUCGUCCUCUUGCAGCAUGGACUCGCUGGCGAGCAGCAUCGACGACGGCGACAGCACGUCCCUGGCGAAGCUUCAGCGGUAUAACUCGUACGACAUCAGCCGGGACACCCUGUUUGUGUCGAAGUGCAUCUGCCUCAUCACCCCGCUGCCCUUCAUGCAGGCCUCUCGGAAGUUCCUGCUGCAGCUACACAAGGCAGUGACCUCCCAGCAGCCGCCACCCCUCCCCUUGGAGAGCUACAUUCAUAACAUCCUCUACGAGGUGCCCCUGCCCCCUCCUGGCCGCUCACUGAAGUUCUCCGGGGUCUACGGGCCUGUUAUCUGCCAACGGCCGGGGCUGAGUGAGUUGCCGUUGUUUGACUUCCCGCUGAGGGAAGCCUUUGAGUUGUUGGGCUUGGAAAAUCUGGUUCAGCUCUUCACGUGCGUGCUUCUAGAGAUGCAGAUUCUUCUGUACUCACAAGAUUACCAGCGGCUGAUGACAGUAGCUGAAGGAAUCACCACGCUCCUCUUCCCCUUCCAGUGGCAGCAUGUCUACGUUCCCAUUCUCCCGGCCUCCCUGCUGCACUUCCUCGACGCUCCCGUUCCGUACUUGAUGGGCUUGCAGUCCAAGGAGCCCAAUGACCGGUCCAAGUUGGAGCUGCCGCAAGAGGCCAAUCUGUGCUUUGUGGACAUUGACAACCACUUCAUCGAGCUGCCAGAAGACUUCCCCCAGUUCCCAAACAAGCUGGAGUUCAUCCAGGAAAUCUCCGAGGUGCUGCUGCAGUUUGGGAUCCCACCCGAGGGGAACCUGCACUGCAGCGAGAGCGCCACCAAGCUAAAGAACCUGGUGCUGGAUGACCUGGCCAACGACAAGAAGAAUGGCAACCUGACCAGCAACACCAUCAACAUGUACGAGCUGCUGAAGGGCAACGAGACAUUGGCUCGGCUUCAGGCAUUGGCCAAACGCACUGGGGUGACGGUGGAAAAGAUGGAGAUUGCCCCCCAGCUGGCAGCGGCGAAGGAGAAGGACACCAAGUGCCAGAACAGCGAGGAAGAGCUGCGGGAUUACAAGCUCACCGUGCAGCUCCGAGAAGUGUUUGCCAACCGCUUCACCCAGAUGUUCGCCGACUACGAGGCCUUCGUCAUCCAGCCCACUCAGGACAUGGACGCUUGGCUCACCAACCGUGAGCAGAUGCAGAAUUUCGACAAGGCAUCGUUUCUGUCUGACCAGCCAGAGCCCUACCUCCCCUUUCUCUCCCACUUCAUAGAAACUCAGAUGUUUGCAACUUUCAUUGACAACAAGAUUGUAUCACUGUGGGAGGAGAAGGAGCCUCUUCUCAGAGUGUUUGAUUCACGCAUUGAGAAGAUGAAGAUCUACAAUGUUCGCGUCCCCACGUUACGCACCUCAAGUUAUCAGAAAUGCACUGUCUUGAAAGAAUCUGAGUAUGAAAUGAUCACAAAACGUGACAAUUUCGCCAAAACAGCUGGCUUGCUCGAAGGCAUUGUUCCUUCGACAUCCAAGCACCAGAGCCUCACAUGCUUUACCCAGAAGACAAGGAAGCAACUGAUCAACUGCCAGAAUCUAGGCAAACUGACCACGGUUCGGAUUGGACAUGAUAACUCAGGUCUGCUGGCCAAGUGGUUAGUGGAUUGUGUGAUGGUCAGGAAUGAGAUUACAGGCCAUACCUACAGGUUCCCCUGUGGACGGUGGCUUGGGAAAGGAGUAGACGAUGGCAGUCUGGAGCGGAUCCUGGUCGGUGAACUCAUCACCCCGGUGGUGGAGGAAGACCUGAGCAAGCAGUGUCGCACUCCACCUCAGCUCCGAUCGCCGACCGUCGCCCGCCGUCUGAGCAUCACGUCCCUCGGGGGGAAGACAGCCAAACCCAAUGCUGGCCAAAUCCAGGAAGGAAUUGGGGAAUCAAUAAAUAAUAUUGUGAAGCAUUUUCAUAAACCAGAAAAAGAGAGAGGCAGUCUGACCAUUCUGCUGUGCGGGGAGUUUGGCCUCGUCUCUGCCCUGGAGCAAGUCUUUCACCAUGGGUUCAAGUCUGCUCGACUCUUCCAGAAAAACGUCUUCAUCUGGGACUUCAUAGAGAAAGCCGUCAUGUACUUUGAGGCGACGGAGGAGGAUGAGGACUCACAGGAAAACCUGCUGAAGCUGAAAGGCUGCUCUGCAACGUUCUGUCAGUACGUCAAUGCCAUCUCUGCAGCGCCCCGCAGUAUUGGGAAGGAUGGGAAGUUACAGUUGCUCGUCUGUCUCGGUGCAAGGGAUCACCUGUUACCCCAGUGGAUCCCGCUGCUAGCGGAAUGCCCGGUGAUCUCCAGGAUGUAUGAAGAUGGUGCCCUGCUCCGGGAUCACGCCGCUGUCAACUCACUAAUCCGGGUCCUGCAGACGCUGCAUGAGUUCAACAUCACGCUGGAAGCCUCGCUGGUCAAGGGCAUUGACCUGUAACAUUGGAACUUCAGAGCUGCAGAGCCUGGCCCCACAUC